AUAAUAAAAAAAAAAACCCCAUUUAUUUAUUUAUUUUUAAAAAGAGGAAAACCCUCGAACUUGAAUCCCCCGGAUUUUCAGUAUAUAUUCAAAAAGCAGUCGAAUUUCUAGAUGCGCCUCUCUGUCCUGUCGUCCCGAAUUCUUAGAUUGAAUCCCCAACGAGUUCUCCGGCACCCAUUUUACCCUUAUCUCCGCCGAUCAUCGGCCGCCUCUUCUAGUGGCGGCGGCGGCGGCGGCGGCAGUGACUCCGCAACCGCCAACUGUUCUUCUGAAAUGGCGUCGGCGAGUUUGAAACCGGCUGUGGCCGGGAAUCCGAAACUACUCCCGAGGGAGUUGAAUGAAGUGGUCGGCAUCGCGAGGAAGUGCUGGAUCAAGUUCAAGAAGGAGGCCGCGUUCGCAAUCUUCACUCCUUUCAUCGUUUCUCUGGCUUCUGGAAAUCUCAAGCUCGAGACGUUUAGGCAUUGCGUCGCACAGGACGCUCAUUUCCUCAAACCCUUCGCUCAAGCAUUUGAAGUUGCAGAAGAUUGUGCAGAGGAUGAUGACGCAAAGAUUGGGAUUAAUGAGUUGAAGAAGGUUACCCUUAACAAGCUCAAAAUGCAUGAUUCUUUCGCCGAGGAAUGGGGGAUUGACCCCGUGAAAGAUGCUACUCUGAAUCCAGCAACUACCAAGUGCAUAGAUUUCCUAUUGGCUACAGCAUCGGGAAAGAUUGAAGGUGCCAAAGCUUCUGGCAAACUUGUGACUCCCUUUGAGAAAACCAAGUUGUCUGCUUACACCCUUGGUGCCAUGACUCCUUGCAUGAGCCUUUAUGCCUACAUUGGUAAGGAGCUGCAGAUUUUCAUUGAUGGUGAAAGUAAUCAUCCCUACAAGAAGUGGAUUGAAAGCUACUCCUCAGAUAGUUUCCAGGCAUUUGCAUUGCAAACAGAGGAGUUGCUGGACAAGUUAAGCGUUUCUUUGACCGGGGAAGAGCUUGAUGUCAUUGAAAAACUUUAUUAUCAAGGAAUUAAACGUGAGAUUGACUUUUUCUUAGCUCAGCCGCUUGAACAGAAAUGUGUGGUACCCCUCUAUGGAGAGCCCAAUGAUCUAGAAAAGCGCCACCUGAUGAUAUUUUCUGAUUUUGAUUUGACGUGCACUACCAUAGACUCAUCUGCCAUCUUGGCUGAAAUUGCAAUUGUAACAGCUCCAAAAUCUGAUCAAAGCCAAACAGCAAAUCAAAUUGCCCGUAUGACAUCGGCUGAUCUUAGAAACACUUGGGGAGUUCUCUCCAAGAACUACACAGAAGACUAUGAGCAGUGUAUAGAGAGCAUGCUGGUCUCCGAAAAAGCUGAGAAGUUUAAUUAUGAAGCAUUGCGAAAAGCACUUGAAAAACUCUCGGAAUUUGAGAAAGUAGAAAAUCAAAGGGUGAUUGAUUCAGGAGUGCUUAAGGGUCUUAAUCUGGAAGACAUAAAACGAGCUGGGGAACGGUUGAUGCUCCAGGAUGGUUGUAUCAAUUUCUUUCAAACUCUGUUGCUAAGGAAGAAAAAUCUGAAUGCAGAUGUUCAUGUGCUCUCCUAUUGCUGGUGUGGUGACCUCAUUAGAUCUACCUUCUCAUCGGGGGGUUUAAGUGAUCAAAUGAAAGUGCAUGCAAAUGAGUUCAAAUAUGAGGAAUCUUUAUGCACGGGUGAGAUUGUGAAGAAGAUGGAGUCCCCCAUUGACAAGGUUCAAGCUUUCAGUGAAAUCCUGCAACAGAGCUGCAGUGGUGAUGGGGAUGAGAGGAGGAAGAAGAAGAGACUGACGGUUUACAUUGGGGAUUCGGUAGGGGACUUGCUUUGCUUGCUUGAAGCUGAUGUGGGAAUCGUGGUGGGUUCAAGCUCGAGCUUAAGAAGGGUUGGGAACCAUUUUGGGGUCAAAUUCGUCCCACUGUUUCCCGGCGUGGUUGAGAAGCAGAAGGCAUACCCUGCAGAGGGUGGUGGUGACCCUUGGAAGGGGCUGUCCGGCGUUCUUUACACUGCAUCUGGCUGGUCUGAGAUACAUGCUUUUCUUAUCGGCUCUUAGGUUUUGUUUUCGUUUUUUCAAAGAAAAAAAUCUGUACUACGUAAGACGAAAAAAAUUGUUAAUAGAAUUAUAGAAAUGAGAUAUGUACAUGUUGAUGGCCAAUUUUAUCGCAGGCCACGCCCCGCAACAACAUUGCUCUUAUCUCCCCUUUUGUUUUUUCCUUGUAGACAUGAUAGUAAAAAAAAAGUGGCAAU